AUGGAGGAGACCUUCCAAAUAUUGAGAAGGUAUGGCGUCAAACUUAACCCUCAAAAGUGCCUGUUUGGGGCAAAAGGCGGGCGCUUCCUGGGCUACAUUGUGACCGAACGGGAUAUAGAGGCGAACCCCAGCGAGAUAAAUGCACUGCAGGACAUGCCGCCUCCUAGAAAUCUCCGAGAGGGAGAGCGGAUGCAUUUAUCCGUCCAGCUAGAUUAUCGGGCAACCAAUAAUGAGGCGGAAUACGAAGCCCUCAUAGCCGGAUUGCAAGCCGCACGGCAUGUUGGAGCCAGUCGGGUCGUGAUCCACACGGAUUCCCAGCUUGCCGCUCAGCAACUCAUGGGCGCCUUCGAGAUAAACAAUGCAAGACUUAAGUUGUACGCGGAGGCUUUUGAGAAACUCAAGACUAACUUCACCGAGGUGAUGGUCCAGAAGAUACCCCGAGCAGAGAACCAGGCGACAGAUGAAUAG